UAGAACAAGCUUUCUCGGGUUCCUCUCGUUUAAAUAUCUUCUUGAAUCACUGUCGCUCUGUCGAGAAUUCUUUGAAGAGAGUUAGGAUCGAAUUAGAGGUUGAAGAAAAAAAUGCUAGGAGGAGGAGAAGAAGUGAGCAUCGAAGAGCUUGCUUCGAAUCUCUCUACGUAUAAGGAGCAGCUCGAACAGGUUGGGCUUCUUUUGGCUGAUGAUCCCGGAAACUCUGAAUAUGGGGACAUGGAAAAAGAACUUACAGAGGUGAUUGCAUUGACGGAGGAACUUCUUGCAACUGCAAAGCAAAAUGAGGUUUAUCAACCAGAUGCUGGAACAAGUACUGGAGGACCUGAUUUUCCUGAGUCUGAAUCAGAGAAAAUCCAAAAUCAUCAGGGGAAGUUUCCCGUUGGAACAAAGGUUCAAGCUGUCUGGAGUGAAGAUGGAGAGUGGUAUGAUGCAACCAUUGAGGCACACACUCUAAAUGGCUAUUAUGUUACCUAUGAUGAGUGGGGAAACAAGGAAGAGGUUGAUCCCGACAAUGUAAGGCCGAUUGAGUACAAUGCUCUCUUGGAAGCUGAGAAAGUAGCUGAAGAAACGAAACGAGCUCUCAAACGGAAGAUUGAGCAAGCUGCAAGUGCUGACUUUCAAUCUCGAAGUUUACCAGCGAAGCUCAAAAUUGAUCCUAAUGAUCCUGAUGAUGUGAAAACGGCAAAGAAGAAGAAGAUACAUGCUUUCAAGUCGAAGAUGCGGCAGGAGCAACUCGAGGUUGCACAGAACAAGAGACAGAAUGCCUGGCAACAAUUCCAGACGACCAAAGCCAAGACUAAAAAGGUGGGUUUCUUCACGGGGCGGAAGAAGGAGAGCAUAUUCAAAUCCCCGGAUGAUCCGUUUGGGAAGGUGGGUGUUACAGGAAGUGGCAAAGGUUUGACGGAUUUCCAAAAGCGAGAGAAGCAUUUGCAUCUCAAGACUGGCAACGUCGAGACCACCGAAGAUUGAUUGAUUAUAUGCCUCAAAAGCCGAUAGACACAGAGGCCAGUCCAAGAGGGCAGGGGAUCUCAGAAGGAAACUGGACCAGACCGCCAUGUUUGUUCGUUCCUGAUUCUAUAGUCGUCUUAAACCAUUGAAUGCCAUGCCACACUGUUUGGAAUUGGCUCUGUAGUCCCGUCAGUAGUUGUAAGAGUGGGUUCGGUUGGUCAGAAGAAACUUUGAAUGCAUUUAAGCACUCGGUUCUUUGGGAGAUGACUUUUGAAAAACAAUCUUUGCGUUUAAUUUUGUUUAUCAGCUUCGAUCCUUGA